UGAUUUUUUAGGAACUACGACCCAUUGCAAUUUGCUGAGUGAGAAUUGAGAAUCAGAGGAAAUCCAUGGCAGCAAAUCCAAAACCUGUUGAAGCCUCAAUGCCAAAGACCCAUUUGACACCAAUGUCACAAAGCGCACCAAAACCACAACCACAAGGCCCACCUUCGGUACCCACUCGUCCUAUGCGUCCCAUUCUUCCCAAGACCAACAAAAGAAAGCUCAUUGAUACCACCUUCUCUAACCCCAACUCCUCCAACUUCAAAAUCCGCGCUCUUACUCAACAACUUCGCCCCCAUUUCAUCGAGGUUCUCCACACCCCAGACUUUCGGAACUGCAAGGCAGCCGAUGAAGUUCGAAAACGUAUGAGGCUUCUUUUGGAUCUAUACAAACAGAUGACUGUGGAGAUGGGAUAUCCAAGGAAGUUUGUACCCCAUUGCCAGGUUUUUUCCUGUGGAAACAUGCCUGGAAAGGGAAAUCAAAAGGGAAAGCGACCAAAGCCACUUCAAGCUCAGCAUUUCAUGAACUCAGCAGAAAAUAAGCCUACAACCAUUCCUUUCAGCUCAGAGAAAACCAAUAGCGGCCAUCUCAAGGGAAGCUAUAUCUUGGGCUAUUCAGAUUUUGGUAAGAACUUCAUCACAUAUUUGGGUAGUAAACCUGUUUAUUACGGGGUGACAAAGGAGUCCCAUCGCAGUAGGUACAAGAAGCGGUAAUCUGUUGUGAACAACUCAGUUUUGAUGGCAAGAAGCUACCUACAGUAAAGAAGCACCUUGUUUAGCCAGGAAAUGGUGUCCUUCCCACAGCAGCUAUAGAAUUUGAGAAAUUAUUCUGUACAAAUGGUGUAUUACAUGUUUUCUCUCGUAUAAGUGUGGACUCCCAUUUAUGGCACCUACAAGCAAGUUCCACCAUUAUGUGACUCCCAUUUAUGGCACCUACAAGUAAGUUCCACCAUUAUGUGAGAGGAUACCAUUUGCGCUGUAUAGUUUCACAUAGAAAUUUUGUUGAUAGGAACAAGUUUGAAUAGAUAAAGAUGGACUGAAUGAUGUUUGUAAAGUCUUUUUUGCAUCAAUAUAUUUACUCUCCAUGUUGC